AUGGAUGUGGGAAGCAUUGCUUUGGGGGGGAUGACAUCAGGACUGACCCAAUCGAUGUGCUGGAUGCUUCUAACUAUGUUUUUAUAUAUCAAGUAUGCGGUUGACGAUUACGCUGCGAAGAAUGUCCCUUCCGGAGCACUAAUGUCGUCUUACGAUUUCAUAAUUGUAGGCGGUGGUUCUGCAGGAUCCGUCCUAGCGAAUCGCUUGUCCGAGAUAGAAGAUUGGAACGUGCUCCUUUUGGAAGCAGGUGGUGAUGGAUCAGAAAUCUAUGAUAUUCCUGUUCUUGCUGCUAAUCUGCAGUUAACCCAAAUCGAUUGGAAAUACAAGACGGAACCUAAUAAGAAUUUCUGUCGAGCGAUGGAAGGAGGUCAAUGCAACUGGCCACGUGGCAAAGUGAUCGGAGGGACCAGCAUGCUAAACUACAUGCUCUACGUUCGCGGUAACAAAAAAGACUACGACACGUGGGAACAGCUAGGCAAUACCGGAUGGUCCUACGACGAUGUGCUACAAUAUUUCAAAAAAUCUGAAGAUAAUCAAAAUCCUCUCCACGCCGAAACGCCGUAUCAUUCAACCGGAGGUUACCUAACCGUUCAAGAAGCGCCAUGGCACACUCCCUUGGUCACUGCGUUCAUCAAAGCAGGUCUAGAAAUGGGUUACGAAAACAGAGAUAUCAAUGGAAAACGACACACUGGAUUCAUGGUUGCUCAAGGGACGAUCAGACAUGGCAGACGGUGUUCCACGGCGAAGGCUUUUCUACGACCAAUCAGGACGCGGAAAAAUUUACACGUCGUCAUGGGAGCUCAUGUUACGAAAAUUUUAAUAGAUCCGUCGUCGAAAGUGGCUUAUGGCGUAGAGUUUGUUAGAGACGGAGAAAGGUUGUGCGUUCGUGCGAAAAAGGAGGUGAUCGUUUCCGCGGGAUCUAUCAAUAGCCCUCAAUUGCUGAUGUUGUCGGGAAUCGGACCUAAAGAACAAUUAUUGAAACACGGCAUACCAGUGAUUCAGGAUUUAAAAGUGGGUCAUAAUCUUCAAGAUCACGUAGGUGUGGGAGGUGUUGCGUUCUUGGUGAACGAAGAAAUUGCGUUGGUGGAGAGCAGGAUAUAUAAUAUUCAGGAUAUGCUAGGAUAUGCGAUUUUUGGAGACGGUCCUUUGACAUUGCUAGGAGGUAUCGAAGGAGUAGCUUUUAUCAAUAGCAAAUUCGUGAACGGUUCUGACGAUUUCCCAGAUAUAGAACUGCUUUUGGCGGCAGGAGGGGCGUGCUCCGACGGCGGUAGAAAUAUGUGGAAGGUUCAUGGACUGACCAACAAAUUCUACGAUGCCGUGUUUGGGGAAAUUAGUAAUAAAGACGUAUGGUCCGUGAUUCCUAUGCUUCUAAGACCAAAAAGUAAAGGUUUUAUCGCACUUCGAAGCAGCAAUCCUUUCGAUUAUCCGUUGAUUUAUCCAAACUACUUCGACCAACCGGAAGAUAUGGCGACGCUGAUCGAAGCACUCAAAUUUGUGUUUAAAAUGAGUAAAACUAGCGCGUUUCGACGUUAUGGUAGCAAAAUGAAUCCUAAACCAUUCCCUGCUUGCAAAAAUAUUUCCAUGUAUACCGACCCAUACUGGGAAUGCAUGAUUAGAGAGUACUCCAUGACUAUAUAUCAUCCCACGGGUACCUGUAAAAUGGGGCCCAAUUGGGACCCAGAAGCUGUGGUGGAUCCUCGGCUCCGAGUUUACGGAGUUGCUCGACUCCGAGUCAUAGAUGGCUCGAUUAUGCCAAAUAUAGUUAGUGGUAAUACCAAUGCGCCGAUUAUAAUGAUCGCAGAGAAAGGUUCAGAUAUGAUAAAAGAGGAAUGGCUGAAGAACGAGGUCUGAUAUCAAUAGCUCUUUUCGUAAAUUAAUUUAAAGCGAGUGCUGGUAGUUCAUUAAAUACUAGAAUCUUACAAUCUUCAACACAACAUAAGUUUUCGCUACUAAUUUCUAUUACGUAAUACAAUGCUUAACAUACAAAUCAUAGGUGCAGUCUUUGAAUCAGUGCAGAUCUGUUGAAAAAAGUUAACCGCAACAUUGAUCUUGAGCGCGAUUUCCAAGCAAAAAUAUUCUUAUUGCAUCUUGUAGUAUUUAUUACGAGGAAUAAGCUUGGAAGGAAAUAUGGAUCGCGAAUGAACUCAUGGUUUUUCACACUUAGCCAACCGCGCGCGCCACAACGAGCUAUACGCUUCCAACGCUCAAUUUUCUAAGCAUCGAGGAUUAAUAUUUACUACUUAAAACACAAAGAAGUCUGAAAAUUAUUUAUACAAUUAUCUUUAUAAAAUAUAAGUCAAUUAUAUUUUGCGGUAA